AUGAAAUUUGACGUAAAUAAUUUACUGGCCAGUGACACAUGGGAAUCGUUUCUUCAGUGGAUCAUACGUAUUUUCGCCGUAAGUCAAACUAUUUCAACAGAUUGGCCUAAUUCCUACGAAAUAAAAGAUGGAGACAGCUUUGACUUCAUCGUGGUGGGUGCGGGGUCCGGUGGCGCUGUAGUUGCAACGAGACUCAGUGAGAUAUAUCACUGGCGUGUUUUGCUAAUCGAGGCUGGGGGAGAUCCACCAUAUGGAAGUGUGGCACCAGGGCUAUAUCAUGACCUAGUCCGAACGGAAUAUGAUUGGGAUUAUGAUGCUUUUUUGGACCCUGAAGUGGGACAAGCACACCCGGGAGGACUUAUUCAUCUCGUCCGCGGAAAGAUGCUAGGAGGAACUUCAUCUAUUAACUACCAAAUUUAUUCAAGGGGAGUUAAAGAGGAUUAUGAUGGGUGGAAUAAAGUAGCACCAGGUUGGGGGUGGGAAUCAGCUUUCAAAUAUUUUCAAAAACUGGAAAAUAUGACCGAUUACUCGGUCUUGGCAAAUCCUGAAAACGCAAAACUUCAUUCACAGCAAGGUCCUGUUGCUGUAUCAAGGCCAAAAAUUUUAAAAUAUGAAAAAAUCCAUCGAACAGUAUUAAAUUCAUUUGAAGAAUUAGGCCUUGAAACAGUUCUAGAAAAUAAUGGACCAGAGAAUGUUGGCAUGUCUACACCUCAUUUUAAUUAUGCAAACGGUAGAAGAUCGAGCACAGCUGAAGCUUAUUUAAGACCAGCAAUGGAUAGGCAUAACUUCUAUAUUGCAAAAUUCGCUAGAGUCAUAAAAGUUCAUAUAAAUCCCGAUAAUUUGGAAGCUAACGGUGUUCGCGUGAUUCUUAACAGUGGUGAAGAAGUUAAUAUUAGUGCGAAAAAGGAGGUUAUUCUUUCCGCAGGGACUAUAGAUACACCAAAGAUAUUAAUGUUAUCUGGUGUAGGACCUCAAGAAGUUUUGAAAAAAUUUAACAUCAAUGUUCUAGCAGACCUUCCCGUCGGUAAGAAUAUGCAAGAUCAUCAAGCGGUACGAAUAAUGUUUACAGGCGCAGAGAGUUACAAAACUGACACACCUAUUGAUUUGGAAGCAUUAAGAAUAGUAACUGUACCAAUGCAAAUUGGGUUUAUGAGCCUUAAUAAUAGUUAUUCAACUGAAUUUAAACAUCUGUAUGAUGAAAGACCACAAAUUCAAAUAAUCAAUGUUAGGAAACCGCCAACAUCUCAUAUUGAUGUAAAUAUAGACAAUUGUCAGACUAUGUUCAACUUUGAUCAAGAAUACUGCUCAUCAUUUAGCAAGGCUCAUAUAUUUAGAGAGACGGACACUAUUUCAAUGCUGCUAUUGCAUCCCUUAUCUAAAGGACAAGUGACAAUAAAGAGUGCUGAUCCAAAUGAUGCUCCGUUAAUAAAACUGGGAUAUUUUAGUCACCCACAUGAUGUCCUAGUCGCAAGGGAAGGCAUAAAGUUUUUGACCGGUCUAGUAAAUACAACAUAUUAUAAACAAUUUGGCAGUGAAGUUGUGAAACUACGAGUGAAGGGUUGUGAAAGUUUAACAUGGGGUUCCGAUGAGUAUUGGGACUGUUACAUUGUGAAUAGUGUCGUCUCAUUCCUUCAUCCUGUAGGAACCUGCCGGAUGGGCCCAGGUGGUGUGGUAGAUGAGAGAUUAAGGGUUCGUAAUAUUUUGAAACUGAGGGUUGUGGACGCAUCCGUUAUGCCUGAAGAACCAAGUGGAAACACUAAUGUGCCGACGAUGAUGAUUGGGGAAAAAGCAGCUGACAUGAUUAAAGAAGAAUAUGGGGUUUAA